AUGCACCACAAGGACCCAGCCAUCCUGUUACAUCUUGCUGUACAGGGUCUGCUCAGGAAUGAGCCUAUAAUAAUCCAAUCUCUUGAAGAGAUCCGACGAGAUCUUUUUGUUCCUUUGUUCACCUCUGCCUUCUUGGGUGGGCAUAAGAAGACACUGACAGCAAUGGUGAAGGUUUGGCCCUUUUAUUGUCUCCACAUUGGAACAUUAAGAGUAAAUGAAACACAAAGUGAACUCUUGAAAGCCAUGAUUGAUGGUCUUCAAUUCCUUCCUGCCAUAAACUCUGCUUCUCCUCGGCAAGAUUCUGAAAGUGGAGGCUCCAAACUGAAGAUCCUAGAUUUGAGGCAGGAUGGUGACUGCAGGACCACAUGUUUUCAAAUGAGGACCAAAUUUCUUUUCUGUUUUCAGUCUUGCUCUUACUCUCAAGCCUCUGUCCUAAAGAGAGCAGGCCAACAUAACACUGUAGAUUUAGGCUCUGAGGUUCAGAUGUCCAGCUGUCCCACUACUGAAUUACUAGUGGACGUUUCCCUUGACAGUACCUUGAGAUCAAGGGAAUUUUUUGAUUUGCUUAUGAGUAAAGUUGAGCAGAGCUCAGAGUCCUUGCACCUCUGCUGUCGGUAUUUGCAAAUUGAUAAGCUGUCUGACUAUAAAAAUACCUUGAAGCUUCUGAAUCUGUCAUGUGUUGAUCACCUGGCCAUUGACUGGACUUCCCUGAAUGAUAUCACCACCCCUAUGUCUCAGAUGGUUCACCUGGACAGUCUCAGUCUCUCUAAAAUCACCCUUAGAUCCUUGAAUGGGAAGAUAUUCAAAAGUCUCCUCACCGAACAAGCAAUAGACCACCUUCAGGAACUCAACCUGUCUUUCUUCUGCCUAACAAAUCGUCUACACAAAUUGCUCAGAGUCCUGCCACAUUAUCUGGAUUUCUUGAAUCUGCCUUUCUGUGAGCUUUCUUACUUCAGAUUUCUGUCCCAGUGUCCUCAGGCCACUCACCUCAAGCUGCUGAAUUUCAGUAACAAUCCAAUAUCAUGGGGAGAUUGUGAGCCCUUCCAAAUUCUUAUGGAGAAUGUCCCUGGUACCCUGCAGCUUCUAGAGAUAAAUCAUUGUCUUACAACAGAUUCUAUCAUAUCUUCUCUUAUCCCGGUCCUAAGCCACUGUUCCCACCUCUGUGUGUUUAGUUUUGCUUCUAAUCCCAUUACAAUGUCUAUGCUCAUGAGAAUUUUGCAAAACUUACUACCCCUAAUGGAGUUGGAUUAUGUGAUUUACCCUGUCCCAGUACACUGCUAUGAACGACAGUAUUAUCAGGGUAGCUUAGACCAACAGAAGCUUGCCAAUGUUCAGGCACAACCGAAGGCAAUGCUACAGGCAGCAAAGAGAAGUAACAGGAAUUGGAUCACCUUUUCAGAGUGA